GGUGGCUGAGCCCGCCUGGCCCCUCCCUGGGCUGGGCACCAGAUAAAACCCGGGGGCCAGGCAGAGGGUGGCACAGAGAGCCGGGAGGUGCUGGCAGGCAGAGCAGCAGCAGCCAUGGCAACGCUCUACCCUUCCUUGGAGGACAUGAAGGGCCACCAAAUCUUGCAGGCACAGGCAUCUGCUGGGGUGGGGACCCCUCCCACGACGGUGGCCACCGAGAAGCCAAAGCUCAUCCCAGGCACCGCACCGCCCGUGCUGUACCCCAACCUGGCUGAGCUGGAGAACUACAUGGGGCUUGCUCUGUCCAGCGAGGAGAUCCAGAAGAACCUGAACCCAGAAGGCAGCACCGCACUGACCCCCGUCGGGCCCCUCCCGGGACACUUUGUGGCCCCCCUGAGCGGGAACAACGCGGGGCUGCGGCGGGCAGAGAUCAAACCUGGUGUGAGGGAGAUUCAUCUCUGCAAGGAUGAGCGGGGCAAGACGGGGCUGCAGCUCAAAAAUGUUGACCAGGGCAUCUUCGUGCAGCUGGUGAAGGCCAACUCCCCAGCAGCACUGGUGGGGCUGCGCUUUGGUGACCAGGUCCUGCAGAUCGAUGGCAAGAACUGCACGGGCUGGAGCAGUGACAAGGCACAGCGGGUGCUGAAGAAGGCAUCCCCGGAGAAGAUUGUCAUGGUGGUGAGGGACAGGCCCUUCCAGCGCACUGUCACCCUGCACAAGGACAGCACCGGGCACAUUGGUGUCGUGGUGAAGAAGGGGAAAAUCGUGUCCCUGGCCAAGGACAGCUCUGCCGCCCGCAAUGGUCUCCUCACCCACCACUGCAUCUGUGAGGUCAAUGGCCAGAAUGUCAUCGGCAUGAAGGAUAAGCAGCUCAUGGAGGUGCUGGCAGGGGCUGGGAACGUGGUCACCCUGACCAUCAUCCCCACUGUCAUCUACGAGCACAUGGUCAAACGGCUCUCGGCGGGGCAGGUGAAGUCAUCCAUGGACCACUCCAUCCCUGACCUGUGAUGCCAUCGCUGCCAUCCCACUGUCCUGGGGACUGUCACCAGCACGGGCAGCCCUUCUGGCAGAGCCUGUGCAUGCUUCUGGAAGUUUGGAGGGGCCACUGGAUGUAACCUACACAGCAACCCCAAAAGAAGCUGGUUUAGGCCCAAAACCCUCAUCCCUGGAGCAGCUGGUGGCUGCAGAGUGGUGCAGGGAGCUGUUGGUUUGUGGUGUCCCCUGAGUCCCCCUGGUCCUCUUCCCAUCCUGGGGUCCCUGUGUCCCCUUGUGUCCCUCGAGGCCAAAGCAGACACAGACCCAGUGACAUUUAUUACAUCCACCACAGACAGCGUGUACAGGACAGGGGGAACCAGAAAACCAGGGCUGGGGAGGUUACAGCUUUUUUUUCACUUCUGCAUUUAAAAAAUAUAUUAUAUAGAUUUGUCUUUCAAAUAUAAUCGUUACAUUUAUUUCUUGGCAAAGCUUUGGAUAGUCUAACAGACGUGUACACAGAUCCACAAAUACAUUGCACAAGAGGCGUAGAUCCCAUCGCCCGCCCCGGCUGCCGUUUCUCCCCCAAAUCCUUCCCCCAGCACCCUGGGGUGUCCCCCCCUCCCCCCCCCGAGCCCUGGGUGGGGAGGUGUGGGAUGUGCCCCCACGGGCAUCCACAUGGAGCAUCCAGGGUGCCCGGCGGGCAGCACCCAUGGGUGAUGGAGGGGAUGGGGUGGGGGAAACACCAUUAGUUCAAGUCACGAAGAAGCCACAGACAUUCGUGAGGAGGAGGGGUGGUGGGAACACCAAGGACCUGGGGUGGGGGA